AAAAGCAGCACUUUAAAUCCUCUUUAAAUAUUAGAUAGUUGAGUGUUUGAAUAAUUAAUUAUAUCAUUUAGUCUUAUCAUUGAGUCAAACAUGUCAAGAAGUACCCUCUUGCUGACAGUGCUUGCACUGUCUUUCCACCUGAGUCGAUCAGCGGUCGACUCUACUGGUGUCAAUUAUGAAUUGGAGAAGACUUUUGGGACACUUCAUGUUCUUGCAUCGAGCUGCAAAGAAAUCCAAGAGAAAUAUGAUGUUCAUGAAGAUGGUCUGUACUAUCUCAUCACGAGCAACGGGGUGGUGUACCAGACCUUCUGCGACAUGACGACAGCCGGAGGUGGAUGGACACUGGUGGCCAGCGUGCACGAGAACAACAUGCUUGGGAAGUGCACUACAGGGGACAGGUGGUCAAGUCAGCAGGGAAGCAAUGCUAACUACCCUGAAGGAGAUGGGACGUGGGCCAACAUGCACACCUUUGGAGCCCCAGAGGGCGCAACCUCCGACGACUACAAGAAUCCUGGUUACUAUGACAUUGUGAGCGAGGAUGUGUCUGUUUGGCAUGUGCCAAAUAAUACCCCACUAAAGAGGUGGAGCUGUGAUUCCAUUCUGCAGUACCACACAGGAACCAACUUUCUUAAAGCCCACGGAGGAAACCUCUACCAACUCUACAAGCGCUUCCCAGUAAGGUAUGGGGCCGGAAGUUGUCCAGCCAACAAUGGACCAUCUAUUCCUAUUGUGUAUGACAAAGGGGAUGCUGAGACCACAGCAAACCUGUAUGGACCACAUGCUAAAGCACAAUUCACUGCUGGCUACGUAACCUUCCGAGUGUUCAACAGUGAGAAGGCAGCGUUGGCCCUGUGCUCUGGAACUAAGCCCACUGGAUGUCACUCUGAGCAUUUCUGCAUUGGCGGUGGGGGCUUCUUCCCAGAGGGGAAUCCACGUCAAUGUGGUGACUUCACCAGCUUUGACUGGGAAGGCGUGGGAACCCAUCGUGGAUGGAGUGCAUCCAAACAGAUGACCGAGGCUGCAGUCUUGAUCUUCUACCGCUGAGUCACCAACGACCAGAUGAAAUGGGGGAAGUGACCAGUGACCUAUGGCUUGGUGAUAUGCUGAUUCUGUUACUGAGUACUGAGGUUCAAACAUGCAUUUCCAUUGUGAAACUUUUAGUCAACCCUUUCUUAAUCAUUUGUCAGUGAUUAUCUCUGUAAUAUUUUUCAUCACUCAAUCAAUGGUAAAUGUUCUUUACAUGUUUCCUGUGUGGUGAAUACUUACUCCUGUUAAUCCUUUGAUGACAUUUUCAAAAAUCAUUUGUUAUCAAUUAUCUCCUCAUUAUUCCUUUUCACUUAAUCAUUAAUA